AUGACUACUCCCGUGUUCCCUCCCAUUCCCGAGGGCGAAUUCGAGCUGUACGCAGACCUCUACGCAAAAGAAGGUCGCGCCGACGACCUGGAGCGCUACCUGCGAGCACUGGUGCGGCUGACCAAGUCAGAGCCGGGCGUGCUGGAAUACGCCAUCGCGCGCGACGACGAAAACCCCAACCACUUUCAUGUCUUCGAGCGGUACACCGGCAGAAAGGCGUUCGAAGAGCACAUCGCCGCCCAGGAGUUUGUGGACUUUACCAACUCGGGCGCGCUGGCCCAGCCGCCCAAGCCCAAGAUGCUCCACGCCUUGAAGCCUCUGUGA